AAACGGCAGGUGAGAAUGUUUGAUACUACGUAGCAGGAAAACAUCAGUAAAUACAUGGCGGGCUAGUGCAUGCGUGAGUGGCGCGAGAGUGAGAGGCGGUCUCUCUGAGGCUCUCGCUUGCCAGACUGCCCAGAGUUCAUGGUCCAAACUUGUGUUGCAACGUUGGCGGACAACAGAAGGACCAAACCAUCUACACCGUGCGGCUGCCAAUGGAGGUCAUCUUGAGAAAAGGUCGCUGCAGUUUCGGUCUGUGGCCGCUGUAUGCCAAGAUCUUCGUGGCCGUCUGCAUCGUCUGCGGGCUGGUGGGUCUGAUCUUGUUGAUAGCGGGAGCCAGUAAAGAUGGCACAGGGAUAGUAGUGGCGGGAGCAGUUCUGCUUGCUCUGGUUACAGUUAUUGUGCUGAUCGUCCUGCUCUGGAUGGCCCGGGUGUACAUGCGACAGUCGUUCUCGCCCCAGCAGACUGCCCACACCGACCUGCCCGACACCGACUAUGCAUUGCGCUCCCGCGGCGUUUCAGCCCAGGCAGUACUUCCUGGACCGUCGCAGACCUCAUCGCGCUCUGUUCUGCCCACGGCCGGCGAGGAUGCCAGCAGCAGCGGUGUCCUGCUCUACAACCUUACUCGCAAAGAAUCAAACUCCACAAUCGCUAGCAACGGAGCUGCUGACUUUUGGGGCAAGGGCGCUUCGCUGCAGCGUCUGCCCACAGCCAGCACGCUGCAAAUGGCCAUGGAAGGAGAGGGUGCCGACGGCCUGCUCCGUCUCACGGACUUUCAGACUAGCAGCCAGGACGACAACACCUCACUGGCUUUAACUCGCCAGUCAUGCAGCACACCAGAGCUCCAGUCAGCACACCAUUCGCGUCACACGUCCCAGCGCGGCUUGGACGGCGCAGAUGACUUCUCGGGACCCUCGCGCCUUUCCACACUGUCCGAGAAAGUCUCUCCAGAGAGGCAGGCAUUGUCAGAAGCAGCUGUGGCAGGUACAGCUUUGCCCAAAUCCGUGAGCUCGUCGUACAUCCAUGUGUCACAUGAACCCAGUCGAAGGCGGCCGCAUAGUAGUGUUAGUGGGGUCGCAAGCGAGGUUGAUGCCUCCGCCCUGGAAGCUGCUUCGCAACGCCUUGCUAGAGAACAGUCUCAGUCUGGAGAAACACAGCGCCAGUUAUCACUGAGUUCAGCAGACAAAUCCAGCAAAGAAAGUCUAGGAGAUAUUGUCCCAGUAUCAUCGGACACGGGUGAGGUGUUCGAAAAAUCCUGACAAAUGAGCCAAACCAACUCCCUCCGGGCUGCUCCAGAAUGACUUGAUCCAAGUGAAAAUCACCAGAUAUGCUGUCCUGACUCUUGAGUUCACAAGGCGGAGUUUUAGUAAAUGAAUUACGAACACGAGCUCGUAUCAUGGGCCCUGGCCUGGCUGAGCAUGGAAAUGGGCCGGCCAUGCAUACUACAAGGGCAGUGUCGCACUUCCAACUGCUGCGCACUUCCAAACAGUCAUGCAGAACGAUUUGCAGAGUGCGGGCAGAAUACCAUGGUAACGUUAUUAUUUUAUGCUGGUAUGUUACUGUCGGGACCCCCCCCCCCCCCCCCAUCACCUCACCCCGAUCGGGCUGGCAAACAAUUUUGAAUUCCAAUCCUCUGCAAGUAGACAUACAUGUACAUGUGCUUGUAGUGCACAAGUUGAUGCUACACUACAGACGCCAGAAUGAGAAGAGUGGCUGGUGCAUUUGCUCUUCAAUUACGGUCAGCUGAGUGCAUGGCAUGCCAUACCCUGUUAGUGAUGCUGGUGUGCAAGGACAUAGUGCUGCCCAGUGCAAAGCAAACACACACACACACACACACACACACACACACACAGGAUGUUGAGACAAUGGUCAAAUCUUUAAUGAGCAGGUCUCACCACCAUUUUUACAUUGAACUUGUACAUGUAUGUCAUAAUGAGCUUAGUCAUGUGUAGCCAAAUCAAGUCUAUUUACCAGGGAGCCGUAAAAAUUACGAUUCCCUGCUAUUCCCGGCAUUGUCCUGCAUGCAAUGUGAUCAUAAUUGUUACUUGCUCAGCCUACUUCAAUUGGAUCCGGCACUAUGAUUAUUCCCUACAUAACUAUUAUCAAGAGCACAUGUACUCUUGCUGAUAUCUCUGGUGAUUUUCGUUCCCGUGCCUCUGUGGAGAACACUUCAACGUGUUCAUACCAGACUGGUCCGCGAGUUGGAAAAGAAAUUCAGCCGCCAUGUCAUCUUCCUUGCCCAGCGGAGGAUUUUGGCUAAGCCCACCCGCCGAUCCCGUCAGAAGCAGCUCCGGCCACGCAGCCGCACCCUGACCCAUGUCCACGACUCCAUCC